ACUAGAGACAUUUCAAUCAAAGGAUGUCUCUAUGGACUGAACAAUACGAAUGGUGAAGUUUUGUACGAAUGGUGUAUUGAAAAUACGCCAAUUGGUAGCGGUGCAUCUGUUGCAAAGGAUACUAUAUAUGUGACAAUUGGAUAUGCAAUUCCAAGAGCAGCAACAGAUGGUAUAGUGGCAUUACAAUUACCUUUGAUACCUUGA